CUGAUGUUGGACUCCGCCCAUCUUUGCUUUUUCUAUUCCCUUUCUUGUUGCCAUGUGGGGUCACCUGAGAUUCUCUCAUCCCUCCCUCUCACCAACCGCCAUUAUCGCUCCUUCCCUUUUCCCUCUGUUCCUCCUCGGCUGUGGGCCAUCCACAAGCUUGAUGUCUGCUUGAGCUGGUGCACAGUAUCUCAUAUCACGUUGCACUUACAAAGACAAAUAUGAACAAUGUAAAUCCAUAAUGUGACUCAACAGUCGAUUUAUUUAUCUCCCCAUGUGUGAUUCGAAUACAUGCAUCAAUAAGGAAAACACCAGCACUCCGGGAUCUUGCUUUGACAUUGACAGUGAUUUGAGUUGAAAUGUCAGAGGAUCAAAGGUCAAGGAGCUCAACUGAUAACUAUGGGCUGAAAUUAAUGAAGUGUCUUGAAACAACUGACGUGUUAAAGAAAGAAUGGGAAUCUUUUUAGCAAAGGUCAACAGGAAUGUGAUUAACAGUUGUUUGAGUAACGUCUUCAAAGGAAAGAGAGACUUGUUUUUUCCCCCCAGCUGUUCAGACAAAGAGGCAUGCGGCUUCCUGCUCCUAUUUAUGGAGAAUUAUUGUUAUGGAAUAUGUCUCAUACAGCGGCUCUGGGUCAGCGGUCACAAGAGGCCACAUUGACCAUUUGUCAAGAAAGGAGGGGAGGAGGGAGUGCUGUUACUGUAAGAGGAUUUCUCUCCUUUAAGUAGGUGUGAAACAGAUACUCCUGGAUCCCCGGUCACUGGCGUAAUUUGAGGUCAUUGAAAUAUAUUAACGUAAACCCCUCAAACAACUGUAAGGAGUGUAAGCAACCUAAUUGAUCCCAAAGAGUAUCAAUUCAUUAGGCACCCGAGGUGUGGCAUUGUCUUUUCUUUUUUUAGCUCCCUGGGGUUAUUAUGUUACUGACUUGAGCAGAUUGUGCUUUGCUCUAAACUGGUUGUAUUAGUCUUCACUUUAUAAUCAGGUUAACCAGGGACUAUUCUUAUUUUAAAUGCUGGGACCAUAGUAUAUACAUGGUAGUAGCGCCGGGCAAACAUGAUCAUGUAUUAUCUUUCAGUGUAAUCAUAACAACAAAAUCAUAUAUAUUGAGAUACUGUGAUACACAAUUACAUUGUCUAAAUUAACAAUAACGAGCACUUAUAACAAUUUUGGGGGAACUUACUAUAUCUGAAGAUCGCUGUUUUUGUUUUUACAUCUCACUUUAUGUUACCAUUCAGUUCACAGCUAAUAGCAAAUGUUUCAAUUUCUCAUUUUGCUCAUUUCGCAGUUAAACCGAUGAAUGAGAGAGUAAGUAUUUAAUUGAAACAUCCGUAUUCAAAAAUAGCCGUAGCGGUAACCUGUCUGUUAUACAAAGCCCUUGAUUAUGCAUUACUUCAAUCAUUUAAUUGGAAAAGAUAUAAACUAAAAUAGCUUUCUUCACUGAGUUAUGGUCACUCCCACUUCAUCUUUCAGGACUAGGGGUUGCAGGAUUGCAUUGGUAUUUUGAUGUGGGGUCUUUUGGUAAUUGGUAUGUACAAUGAGGUGUUAGAACAAACUGUUGUUGACCGCUAUAAAUAUAGGAGUUUAUUAAUUUUAGAGAAUUGUUUAGUUAUUUUAAAACCAUGUGUGGAAGGGUUUCAUCUAAUGGUAAAUGGACCUGUACUUGUAUGGCAUCAUUCACCCAUUCACACCAUACACUGAUGUGAGGAGCUUCCACCUGCACAUCAGCAGUAACUAACAUUCAUACACUAUUCACAGACAGGCACUGCAACGGGAACAAUUUUGGGUUACAGUGUCUUGCCCAUGUUGCAAGGUCAUGGUGAACCACCUCUGUAGUGUGAAUAAAGAGGGUCAGAGUAUCAUUGCCAUCGAGCUACUUUACUCAUUGCAUUGCCGUGGGGUGUUUUUUAUCCACAUGGCUGGUAAUAUGAGCAACAAGGCAUGUGCUGAAUUAGGAAGUUGAGUGCCUAGCAACUGUAUACAUGCUUUACUGGGCUCAUAUGUCUCCAAUACUACCAAUACAGUACACAACAUCUCGUUCUGUAUUUCCCUUGUUUUGGCCAUUCUCUUUUCUGCUUCUCUUUUCUCUGGAUCACUUGUGUGCAUUUCCCCCCAAGAUCGACAGCUGCUACUAAACUGAGGUCUGCACUCUUACGCAGUCAAGUAGUAUAAAUAUAGGUUGCCAUGGGCACACCGUGACACCAGAGGGGUAUGCUGGCAAGGCAGCAGGACUGUGUGUCAGGGGACUCUGGGUCCAGGAUGUGUAUAAUAAUAAUAAUCUAUUUUAUAUAGCGCUUCUCAAGGCACCCGAAGUCGCUUUACAUAGUCUAGAGUCCAGUAGUCAUACACACACACAGUCAUACCGGUGGUGGUAACCUACAUCAGGAGCCACAGCUGCAGACUGACGGAAGCGUGGCUGCUAAUCAGCGCCUACGGCCCCUCCGACCACCACCAACAUUCAUUCACAUCCAUACGAACCGGGGUGAGGCUGCGGUGCAUGUCUUUAUGAUGGUGGGGGAAACCGGAGUACCCGGAGUAAACCCACGCAGGCACGAGGAGAACAUGCAAACUCCACACAGAAAGGACCUGGAACCACCGGGAUUCGACCCCAGGGCCUUCUUGCUGUGAGGCGACAGUGCUAACCACUGAGCCACCGUGCUGCUGUAUCAUUCACACUGUCAAUCGAAAACUCAAGGGUUGGGUGUGGUCUUGAAGUGGCACUCGAGUAUAACGUGUGCUUACUUUGUUGAUGUUCCGACUGUAUCUCCAAAUUCAUAUUCUAUGUUUUUUUAGGGUAGGAUCAUGAACUGUGGAUUAUUUUUACAAUUGCAGAGUGGAGCAAAUCAAAUGUAUUUAGCAGUAUUGCUUUGAAUAUUGUUUCCUCUCCCGAGUUGCCGAAUGAUAUACCAAAGUAUAUCAUCAUUGACAUUGCUAUUAUUGAACUUUUAGGUUCAAUGGCUUGCUCAAGGACGGGUCGAGCUCAGGGACUGAGGUCGGGGAUCAAAAUGUACUGCCAUCCAACCACCAACCUUGCUAUUGAUAGCCAACCUCCUCGACUAAGCUACUGCCGCCUUUUCGUUCUCAAACUGUCUUUAAAGCCAUUUAUAGGAAAUGAUAGUUUGAUAUGUCGAGAAACUUAAACAUUAAACAGAAUAAUAUCUUGCAGGUAUGGUAGAUGAUCAGUAAAUGUCCACAAGGCCAACUACAAUGUUUUAGGUGUUUAAACACACUGCAAUGUCUGCUCUGACGACAGAGCUGGAGAUCUGUUUGACACGGCCGAACCGAUCUAUAACGCAACCUCUCCUCGCUUUAAGAAAAGGUCAGGUAACAAUGUGGCCUAUGUUUGUGUGCAUUGAAGAGUGAAGACAGCCUUUGGUCUUUUUUACUUGUCAGUACGAUAUAAAUAGUUGUGUUAAUCAAAGGUUGAAUGCAUUUUUUACAUAAAUCCUUUAUUCCACAUCACAGAGAUUUGGGUUCAUCCAUUGCAGGGCUCCAGACUGCGACCAAAUGGUCGCAUUUUGCGCCUCAAAUUAGACACAGUGCAAGUAAUUUGUCUCACACUAAAGAGUAUCUAACUGGAUGUCCAUGUCUCUGACCUGGGACCCGUGUGGCUGUUCGUCUUCGGCAGUGCUUCUCUGACUGACUUCCUAACUUCACAAGUGUGGCUCUGUCUGCUGCCUUCAUUCAUAGUUUGAUUUCCUCACUUCCACAGCAGGACGUUGUUGUUUGGAGUGGUCCAGUCAGUCUAUCUGCCUCUGUUAUUCUCUGUAACAUUGCAUUGUAGGUCUCAGUAACAGACUUACUGACCGUUUUACCAUUUGGGACUUAUCAACAUCACAUACUACUUAAAUGUUAACUAGAGCAUUAGUUUUAAGGCGUAAGAGAAUAUUAGCGGACAUAGCAGAAUAUAUUUGUACCCCUUGUAAAUGGAAUAUGUUGUGGUGGGGUGAUGCUGAGCGAGCACAGUUCUGAGCAUAAACUAAUAUGUUCCAUUAUGUCUAUGGCUGUAAUAAAUACAGCCACUGACAGUUACUUUUUCCCCCAGCAAAAUCGGGAAGCUAGUCUCCAGUGUGUCUGAGCACUGUUAUGUAAUUAAAUUUGUCAACUAACAAUAGUCAUCCGGGUGUGACGUUCAGGGAUUUGCAUUGUGUGUGCAGACCUCCUGCCAACCUGUAAUUUUAGGGGCAUUUCUUUUUUUGCAUACGCUCUGCAAUUAUCUGAUAUGUUUUCCAUCUCUGUGUGGGCAGUUUUUAAUGUGUGUAUAGUUUAAAUUUUGUCCUAUUUUCACACAGAUCUGUAUCUUUGAAACAACACUCUGCUUCUCUCACAUCCGGACUUGAUUCAUCCCAGGUGACUUCAUAAGGAGGGAGCAUGGUUGUAUUUGGGUCAUGGAGGAAGUAGACUUACGUACAUGCACUUACACACACACAGACAUGCAGACACUCAGACUAAUCUGUUAACAAGGCAAUCAGACAGACAGCAACAUAGGAAGACUGUUUGGCUGCGUACAGGCCUACGUCUACCUACAAAAGUAUGGCGUAAUUGAUUUAUGCCAUGUUGACAGGAAGUAAACACCUGGUCAGAUUGUUCAUCUUGUUUACACCGUACUUGGUCAGAUAUUGCAUCAUCAUAUUUUAUUAAUUUGACUAUUUCAUUUGUAAAACAUGUCUGUUAUUAAUACAGCUUCAAACUCUUCUUACCAAAAAUGACCAGCCAGAAUUGUUAUGAUCACUUAGCUCUCUAGACACACACACAGGGUUUUACAGGAUUGAGCUGUAGUUUAUGCUAUUAAGAAGGACAUACAUGUCAUGAAUCUGCUAGAUCAUACAUCCAGCAUCAAUUUCAUAUUACGUAUCCAGGUAACCUGCCUCCUCAUUGCAUAUACAGUAGGUGUUUUGUGUUCACUUUGUUUUAUAGCUGCUCACAUGUUGUCCUGGAAGAUUUUAUACGAUGUGAGUCUGCACCUUUGGCAGUUUGAGAUGAACUCGGCAUUUAUUUGUUAAUUUCAAUGCCAUAAACACAUUUACAAAGAGUUCAAAUAGGAUAGUGAAAGAAUAUAUCCCUGUUAAUGGUGUUUAGUCAAGUGAAAAUAACUGAGUGGUUCUGAGAGGCCCAUUAGUAACCGUGUGUGUGUGAGAGCUCAUUUGUAACUCAGUCCCGGUGGCAGCUCAGCACUUUACUGCCUUCGUUCCCUGCUUCUCCUUUGCUCCCUCACUCUUUCUCUCUCCGUUUACGCUCGCUCAUCCUUACUCGGUGGGAGACGAGGAUUUUCCUAAAGGAGUCUUUGUGCGCGUUAGAGAGAGGUGGAGAGAGAGAGAGAGAGAGAGAGAGAGGGAGACAGAGAGAGAGAGGGAAAUGCUAUGGUGAGACUCGCCGCAGGCUAAAUGGAGAGAAGGAUACUAGCUGACUGUGUUAAGCUUGGCCGGGGCCCAGUCCUCUCACAGUUUCACAGAGCCCGGUUCGGUUUACUUUUGACUGACCAGAAAAAUCCAAACAUUUCACACAUUUACAGGUCUCUUAGCUGCUUCUGUUUGUUUUUAAAUGCCCUUUUUAGUCAGAGCACCUUGCAGUCCAUGAUUAGAAAUUAUCUGUACUGUGUUUACAUUCGUGGCCAGAUGAUGAUCCGCGCUGUCAAACUGUGAAGUGAGGUCCGACUUUCCCAUGAGACUUUCCCGUGAUGUGUCCACUGUAAAACCCUUUCUACAUUGCAUAAUGAGUCAAUGACACUCUGGGUUGAUAGCCGACUCAGCUGUUAAUGGUUAACUGUGGCCAGGUUAGAGUCCGCUCACUGUGCUAUGUAACAUGCAUUCUUACUUCACUGCACUAUCCUUGCCUUUUAAACUGGGCAGCAGCACCAUGAAGGACACCGGAUUAAUACACCGCUGGAUUUGACAGACACUAUCCCUGUGAGAGUGUGCCUCUUCCUUUGAGCUGGGUUUCUAAACAGCCUGACACGUGUUUUUGACGAAGAGAAUGAAGGCACGUGCCCCACCUCCACCGCAGGCCCCUCUACCUGCCCCACGCAACAUCUUCAGAAACGCAGUACCCGAUGGGGGAAGGACAUCAGGCAUGGACGCCAAGGAGAACAGGCCCACUGUGGAUCUACAGCUAACCCUACCACAGGGGAACCAGACAUCGUUCACCGAGGAUGGCAGUAAGGCGCUGAUGGACAUGCUUGUCGAGUUGUGUAGCCGCCACCAUCUGAAUCCAGCACUGCACACCCUGGAGCUGCUGUCGCCCGAGGGCCACUCUUUGGGGUUCAAGCCCAACGCUCUCCUGGGCUCCCUCGACGUGGCCUGUGUCCUCAUUAAGGAGAAAGUCUGGGAGGAGAGAGUGGUGCGUAGACCGGCGCCCAAAGUGCCAGAGAAAACAGUGCGUUUGAUGGUGAACUACCACGGCAGCCAGAAGGCAGUGGUACGGGUCAACCCAUUUGUACCACUACAGGCUCUGGUACCGGUCGUCUGUGACAAGUGCGAGUUUGAGCCGGCACAUGUCCUGCUCCUGAAGGACAGCGUCAGUCGCCACGAGUUGCCACUGGACAAAUCUUUAACCGAGCUGGGGAUCAAGGAGCUCUACGUACACAAUCAGAGUCUAGUUCUCAGGCCUCAAAGGGCUUCUGCUCCAGCUCUUAACUACUCAGACUCCAUUCGCUCCAGUACUGCCAGUUUGGACAGAGCAGAGAAGAAAGGCCUCUUGGGUAUCUUCCAAUUCAGCAGAAGGAAAACCAAGACAGACAGAACAUCCGUGGACAUGGAUGCCUGUGAUGACAAAGUUAUCCAAAUCACAGACACUCAAUCUAAUGGCCUGUCUACUGGGUCAGGAGAUCGGCCCAGCACCUUAGGUCAGUCUCAGUCUGUCAUGAACUUCCCCAGGAUGUCUCCCAAGGCCGAGACCAAGAAGAGGAGAGCGCCAGAACUACCCGGAGCCCCAACCCCCACCAUGGGGGACACAAUCUUUGAGGGCUAUGAGAUGGGCCUCGGCUCAGAAAGCCAGCAGAGGAAAAGAAAGGCCCCGGCCCCUCCUCCCACCCCUGCUUCCAUCUCCUCAGACCCCGACGACACUUCAACCUCUGCCGCUUCCACCACUGAUUACCCCACUACUGAAACACCGACCUCGGGCUUCCAUAACAAGGCUGUUCAGUCAAACACUGUCUCUGCUACCACCGUUGUAACGCAAGCAGUAAAACCAGUCCCCUUGACGACAACAGUAAACCCGCCACCUGAGUGCGCCGCCAGCCCGACCCCCAGUUCCCCGACCUCCAGUUCCCCGACACCAAGCAGCAGCACCACUGAGAGCCUGGCUGUCCAAGAUUCCAGCUCUGAACUCAGCCACAGCCUCGACGACUCUGACGCUGACCUCGACCAGGCUGCUCCUUGCAGCACCCUAAGCAGCAGCACAGCGAGCGGGUCUGUGCGGGUCCGGUCCACUGUGAACAGAUCCAGCCACAGGGUGGAGGAGUCGGAAAAGGCCAGCAGCACAGCUGCCAAAUUAAGUCCAGUAGCAACCACAUCCGAGACCGUGUUGGCCCUAAACCUGAAACUGGAUGAGGUUGAGAACAACAGGCACAGCGCAAUGGGAGCCGCUGAUCUCCCAGUGCCACCCAAACCUCGUCGCUCCACGGCGCAGGAAGCACCGAAGCUCGUCCUACCCCCUACUCUGUCCUCCCCUCCCAUUGAGCCCGCAGAAAGCAACACCCCGCAGAGUCUCGUGGAGGCAGAGGAAGCAGCUCCCCAGUCUUGGCUCCACUCGAUGCGAAGCUCCACAGCCAGUUGCCGGAAACCAGAAAGCGAAACACCCGAGGUGGAGACCAUGUCUCUGGGCAGCAGCAGCAGUAGCAGCAGCCUGCCCGACCAGGGUUACGCUGCCUCUGAGGGCAUGGUAGAGUGCGAGGACUCGGCCAUGGUCAACACCCAACCCACAUCCCCAGAUGGGAAUUUGACUCUGGAUGAAAGAAGCGGAGGGGAGAGACUGUUGGGACCAGAGCGAGGCAAUUCCAGUGACAGCGACGAGGGAUGUGCCACCUGGGGAUCGGGACACAGACACAAUGACAUCAGCCCACAGGCAGAGUCAGGCAAGUUAAAAGACGGCUAUGAAGAUAACCAAGAGCUCACAGCCCAGCUCCAUCGGACUUUAGCUGAUUUUGAAGCAGACUUUGCAGAUCACGUUGAUAUAGUGUCAUCGAAGGAUACCCCCUAUACCAUGUCAAUAGAUAGCAAUGAGGUGCCUUUGUCUGUCGUGGACAUGUAUGUGCCAGUCACAGCCAUAGAUGAAGUACUGGAGGACUAUGAACGUCCCAGUGUGUCACUCACCAGGAUUGAGCCAGCUGGCAGAAAGGGUACAAGGUUUUGUCACCAGUCCAGUGCGGAGCCACAGAACCAAAACAACAAUGCGUGUACAGCUGCUGACAGUAAUAAAAGCAGCAGUGCAAAUACUAAGUGGCCGUCUCAACCCGAACAGCAGAGGAAGACACUGGAGAAUAAAUCUAUAGCUGAUAAAAAAGAAAAAAAGAUGCUGGGAACAAAAAUGAAAGAGACGAGAGCCACUGAGACCAACAGUGUGAGAGAGCAUAAAACAACAUCAGUAGUGAAACCCAAUGUUGACCUUCGGAAACACAGCAAGGGUGCUGAGAUAAAACCUGAUCCUGUGAAAAGUAACGCUCAGUCUUUUCAAGAGAGGAAACCCGUUCUUCCACCAACCAGUCACAGAUCAGUGUCUGCGGAGAGAGAUGAAGAGAUGCACACAGCUUACCAAAACAACUCCAGCCCAAAUACCACUCAUGGGAAAAUCACUCGUAACGUCACAUCACACUUCGGUAUGAAAACAUUCACAGUGGUUCCUCCCAAAGCUGCUGUCAUGCAUGCUGCUACGGGGGAGCCAGCUGUCAAAUUAACUGUUGGUGCCAUUAAGAUUGACAAUCAAGGAAACAUAGUGAAAAGGGGUAUCUCACAGAACAAAGUUGCUGGUUCAUUAGAGUCUGGAAUUAAUUCCAGUGAGGGGUAUCCUCUUCUUGGAAAAGCCAAAGCUUUCUGGAGCUCAAAUGAGAGACAAGAAAGUGGUGUGCCCCACAGCAAAAAUCUCAUUGAUAAGGCGCAAGAGAGCACAGAUGGCCUGAAAAGUACUCCCGCUGCAAUCUCAGUGACAACUUUGAAAAGCAGUUACUCUGAAGAGCUAAAAAUGACAAACAAUUCCUUCUAUAAACAUGAAGAGAGAGCCCAGCCUAAAGAGAUAGUCAAAGAAGGAUUUACGGAGCCAUUGAGAGCCGUCAAAGUUGCAAAAGAAGAGCGGGAAGAGAUGGAGAGCAAAAUCUCAGUGUCCAAAAAUGUUCAACAGCCAAGUAAUAUGCCUGCCCUUCCCCCUCCUUUACUUCCAGACCUAAGAAGAGACCUGUCCUUUCUCAAACCAUCCAGACGUACUUCAAGCCAAUACGUGGCGUCUGCCAUCACUAAAUACACCCCAAAGCACCAAAUACAGCCCUCAGCUAAACCCAUCUUUAUUCCUAACGUACUUGACUCCUCUGCGUCUUUGACGUCACAGACAAUCGGUUUCCAGAGAUCAGGUCGCUACAUGAAAGUGAAUCCACACCAAUCUUCCCAGUCGUCUUUGUCAGAUAAUAAGGAGAAUGACUUGGCUUCUAAAUCCAACCCGCCUGAUCCUAAGUGGUCUACGAGCUACCCACAGCAUGUUUCAGAUAGCCAGAGCAGACCGGACAGUGGAGGAUUUGGAAGUCGUAUUGGGUCCACUAAAGGAAGCAGCAAUACGCUGGAAACGGAAACAGCCGUGACUAAGCACAUUCAGUCUGGUGGCCCCACACAAAAAAACAUGAUCGGCAGUAAUGACAGCGAAAAUGUUAGACAAUUUCGUCUCAGAAGCCUCAGCCCUGCACAAAGUAGACCUCCACACACAUCUGCCAAACCACCCACAGUUCCCGAGACUGUAUCCAAAAGCCUGACAAGUACCACGAGAAACAUGACCAAGGCAGCCACCCAUCUAACACCUGAGGCAAAUCCACAACCUCAUGUCACAGUGUCAGCCAAAGGUGUGACCCAUGGGCCGAUGCCAGUAACUUUGUUUGGACCAGUUCAUAAGUUCAGACCAGUGAUCUCUAGAUCUGUUGAGAAAGACACGUCUCUCCACAGCAGCCUGAUGGACGCAAUCCAGACAGGCGGAGGCAGAGACAGGCUCAAGAGGAUAACCGCUUCUGGUCUUAGCAGCAUGAAGAAAGCCUCUUAUGGCGAGGAGGAGAAUGAGCGGUCUGCUCUUCUGGUUGCCAUCAGAGCCCAAAGCAGCUCCGGAAGGCUGAGGAAGACCAAAUCUGAGGCAGCUGAUGAGCUUGUGAAGUCCAGGAAGAUGACCUCUGAGAUGCAGGCAGCUGCAGGCCCUCCCCCUUCUUCUCACUCUCCUCCCUCUUUCACCGGAACUUCUCCUCCUGUCUUUACCCCACCACCACCACCACCACCCAUUAUUGCACCUCCACCUCCUCCCCCUGCCUUGCCCCAGGGUAAGCCUUGCACUGUGGUACAUCCAGGUGCCAACACCCCCACGAACCCUGCCUUGGCCAGGGAUGCUAUGCUGGAGGCCAUUCGCUCUGGAUCUACUGCUGAGAGGCUCAGAAAGACAUCGCUGGCAGAACAAAGCUGUCCUGGCAAUGAGUCGCAGAUUGAAACACGUCCACAGAUUCCUCUGCCAAGCAAUACUGUGGCACUGUGAAUAUUUCCAUGGAGAUAAAGUUCAAUGUCAGGUUGCUGUGCCCGCAAAUACCAUCCAAGUGAAUGGCAGACUGGGAACAAUCCAAGUAACCUCCUCAACGCUCCCUCAGCCGUAGCAGGG